AUUUAGUCAGAUGCCAAGCAGUUAUAGAUUAACCAGCCUGGUAAAACUGACUAUCGAGAUAGACUGUGUAGAGAGCAGCCAAAAGGAUUACACUGUAUUGGAACAGGAGCACAAAUUAGCUUUUUUAAAAUUUAAAGACACUUUCUGUUUGUUACUUUUCUUCUUGUCUGACAAUGUCUAUCUGGUAAAAAAAACUAUCAUAGAGGAAAAAACAGAUUCUACGCUUAUUACUUCGCCGGCAGAUCAACCGACUUCGUCGACAACAGGCUCGAGCUUUCCAACGACGCUAGUUUCCACAUACAGCACUACAACACUGACCUCUGCAUCUGACACAACAGUUUUUCAAAGCACAACGACAGCUUCGACAACGACAACUCCGACAACACGUACAACAAGAAAUCCUCCAACAAGUUCUUCUACAAUCACCACCGCCACCUCUACCCCGACAACUAAAGUAACAACAAGUACUACAGCAACGCCUGAAGCAACAGCAAAAACAACUACAAGUACUGUGCUUGUAAAGGAGACUGUGGCCAUGGAAAAUGCAACGAAACCACUAAAGAGUGUGAUUGUUACGGAAACGAAACAGUGUGUUACGAUAAAGAUUCUACUACUAGAAGCUGCACUGUUCCACAAAACGGAGAUGAAGUUUGCGAGAAGUGUACUGGUACCGACCCCAAUGAGGACUACGGAACGUGUUCUAACGAAACGGUCAAACAAACGAGAAAUUUGUGUGAUUAUUUUUGUGUAUGUUUCUCAAUCCCUGUAAUA